AUGGCGUUAGCUGCAAUGUUGCUUCCUGUUGUGUGGAUAUUGCAAAUUCUGAUGUUCAAUCUUCCAGACCAGUUGAACGUUCUGAAGGGAAGUGUUCUGAGCGGAUUGCUGCUCUUGUUUGCAUUGGAUCAGCUUGCUUUUCCAAGCGUUCCCUGCCAUGACUGGGCAUCGCAAUUUCAGAAUUUGGCUUUCCGCCGACCAUUUCUGCAUUUGAUUCUUGGCAGUAAUAAGAGCUUCGGCCUGAAGCUGGUGGAUGCGCUUUGGACAGCUGAGCUCGGAGACUUCUCGCGAUUGCGUCGGUAUCUGCCGGAUCCUGAUAUUGCCGAAGAGGUUCUGCGGAUCUGCCGAGAAGUACAGCGCAGUGAAUCCGACAUUCGCAGCCGAUUCCGCAUGCGGGACGGCAGUGAAUGA